UCUUGUGAAGGAUGUAAGGGGGCUGAAAGAUAGUCUACUUUCGCUUUACGCUGUUGUCAUGUCAUUUAGUUUUCCAGUCCAAUAACCAUAUGAUAGACACACAUUUAAGCGACAACAACUGGGUCUGAAAUUCAAAAUGCUGUGGAUAACCUUGUUGAGUCUACUGUUGUUUUCCUAACUACGGAAACGGAAGGGGAAACAAAUGACACUGUUCAAGUCGAGACCAUGGCUCUAUUGGAGUCUGCUGUUGCCAUGGAAAAUGGGUCAUCGGAUCAGGUCAUACAGGUCAUUCCAAUACAGGAUGUCAACAACCAGGAAAUACAGAUCAUAGAAAUACAGCAGACAGACCUGAGCCAAAAUAUAGGGUCAGGGGUCAUACAGGUCUUUCCAAAAACUGGGACAUCUCUUCUUCAAGGUCAGGACAACCAAAUCUUUAUCCAGUCUGUGAUAGAGGAUAAGAAAAACAAUGCAGAGAAUUCAAAGAAGACCAUAAAAAAGGAAGUAGAUGAAGGAAAGGCCGUUAUUGAAGACAAUCGCCCCGUAAGGAGAUCAGGAAGGUUGCCAGCUAGGCGACGGGUCAUUCCGUCAAAGUACAGAGAUUACAGAAAUCCUGACACCGUGGGCGAGGAUAAAGUUGUUGAUGACGAUGAAGACUUCUCCCCAGAAAUGUCGGCCCAUCCAGACAGUAAGAGGAUCCACACUUACUCGCUGAAGGCCAAACGGGGAAGACCCCGGAAAUAUCCUCAUUUGUAUGAAAUUCACACAAAAGUAAACCCCCCAGCUGUUGAAGUGAUGGAGGUUGAAUCUUUGACGGGCCAUCCAGUUAUUACAACCAGUGAGUCAGAGCCAAUGUCUAGCUCGGACCAGAUUGAUAAUGAGGGGGAGACAACCGCAGAGGCAGAGAUCAAGAUUGCUGCAGAGGCAUCAGAACAGAAUAUUACUGCAGACAACUCAUUACAACAUCCAGAAGGAGGGAAAGCAGACAGUCAGACAGACGUCUCCUUGCAGCGUCCAGAGGGUGGGAAGGGGGACGGACAGACAGACCAGCCUAAGACAGCAGUAGUGGAGAAAGUCAACGCGACCACUCAAAGUAUCUUCAGUACACGAAUGCGAAGUUCCCGUAUACAGGAUUCAAAAUGUCCAACAUGUAAUAAGGUCUUCUCCUCUAAAGGCAACAUGAAGACCCACAUGUUAAUACAUGCUGGAAUGAAACCAUUCUCGUGUGAUUUCCCGAACUGUAGCAAGUUCUUCAGGAGUAACGAGACUUUGAGACGACACAAGCUAGCACACAUGGGAAUUAAGUCGUUCCAGUGCACGUUCUGUAGUAAGAAGUUUGCCAGCAGUGUUAGUCUACAAGAACACAUGUGUCGACACACCGAUGCUCGUCCACACCAGUGUACUGUAUGUCUAAAGAACUUCCGCCAGGUCAGUUGCCUACGGCGACACAUGGUCACUCACUCUUCAGACCUACCUUACAGUUGUCAGGUCUGCGGCAAAAGGUUCUCCACCACCAUGUACCUCAAAUCUCACAUGAAAACCCACACAGGUGAAAAGCCAUUCAAGUGUAAUGAGUGUGGGAAAGCGUUUGCUCACCAGUCUGAUGUUACUCGUCACAAAAUCAUCCACACUGGACAGCGACCUUACGAGUGUGAAGUGUGUCAUGCCAAGUUCAGCGACCCGUCCAGUAAGAGGAGACACGAGCGGGAACAUGUAGGAGUGAAGCCGUAUACAUGUCAGCUGUGUAGUGACUCAUUCAAACGGGCGGGACAGCUCAAGGCUCACCUCAGUCGUAAACACACAAAUGAGAAAGAUGAGGUUUCGGUGGUUCGUGCUGACAACGGUGAUAUACAGUUCAUAUUUAAAGAUGGUACAAAUCUGGUGCCGGAGUUAAAUAAAAAUGACAAGAACGGUAGUACUGUUGCUCUCACAAAGCAGAAAAAAAUUGUGAAGCUUAUCAAAGAUCUGAAUUCAUCUAUGGUGCAACAUGUUCAAAUUAAUCUGCCCUCUCAGGACUUUAAUGAAGAAGAUAGUGGGCAGACACCAUCUCAGACCCAGGAACAGUUGGAGCCUGUGGAAACUAUUGUCAUGGAAACAUUGUAUGGUGACAAACAGAGGUUAGAAACGUCACAUGAAGGAAUCAUCAUACAGGACCUAGGGACUGUGUCCAGUGAUAGUGACAUACAGCAAAUUGUCACUGACGAAGGACAAACCUUGGAUGACAAAGAUCAGCGGGUAAUUGCCAUCACAGAUGUGACUGACAUCUUGCAGAAUGCGAGUGACCAGGCAGAAGUACCAGUGGAGUACCUUCAAAUCAUUGAAGAGCUCGCACCUGAUUCUUUAGAACAACAAAUCGUGGAAGUGCAUUAUCAAGAGGCAGACCCUCCAACAGAGGGGGCUUCAACACCACCGUCCAAUCAGAGGAAUGAAACCCUAACGACAUCUCCAAUGAAUGUUGAGGAACUAGGGUCGCCUCUCGCCUCUGGGGGGAGCCAGCAGGGUGGGUCGGUGUCACUGGACUAUGUGACAAGUCCUGACUUUGGUAGUCAGCAGUACUAUAACUGGCUGUCUAGCUUCACGGAGCUCUGUAAGGUUGUUCCCAUGCCCCUGGACGUGUCCCUCUUCCAAAAGAUCAGCCAAGUGCACAAGACCUUAUCUGAUGUCAUGGCUACCCCGUCAGGGGUUGUAGCUGAUAAGGAAAAUUUCAAAAUCCUCAUGAAUAUCUCGAAAGAAUUGAAUACAAUUAUUAAUGAGCAUCUUUUUUAUGUCAUGCAAAAUCUAGAGAAGGCGUGAUUUAGACCUGUUAUCAGUUAGACUU